GACGCAGCCCCGUGUGCUGCGUAGAACACUAAAACAUCCAACUGAAUGUUGAGGGGAUGGGGUUGUAUCUGUUGCAGACAGUAUGCACGCUUGUUGUUACAGUGUUGAAAAUGAUUAAGCAAGCUCUACCGUAUGCUGUUAGACAUGGUCGCAGACUGCCAUACACCACCGAAAGGCGUACGUUUGCUACCUCGUCUCGACAUCAGGCACCCGUGAUGGCUACCGCAGUCACCGUGCAUCGACCACUGGACCUUUCCUAGCUAGCGUCACCGGUCAUUCUGGCUGCCAGCUUGGUCCGCUUCUGUGUGGUACAGCACACAUUUUUAUCCACUGCCUUGGAGCUAUAGGAGCCCAUGUGGGCCCAGUCCCCCAGGGAAGAAAACAGGAGGCCAAGUGUGGAAAGACCAGGCGCAGAGAGACCAGGGUUGGAGAGACCAGGGUUGGAGAGACCAGGGUUGGAGAGACCAGGGUUGGAGAGACCAGGGGUGGAGAGACCAGGGGUGGAGACACCAGGGGUGGAGACACCAGGAGUAAAUACGGCUGACAACCAUGGAGCUGAGAGAGAAGAAGCCCAACAAAUGGUGGACGGAGUCAGACACGUUCGCCAUGCUGAACCUGAUCCAACAGCUGGACCUUGUUCACGAGCUGGACAAGAAACGCCAGCGCAACUACUCUCACUUCCGGCGUCUCCGUAGCAACCUGGCCAGGCGGGACAUCAUGUUCACCGUCAACCAGAUACGCAACCGCUGGAAGAGCCUCAAGCACAAGUACCGCAAGAUCAAGAUGGCGGGAUAUCGAUCACCAGCGGCGAGGCUGGCCGCCAUAGAGUCCUUUCGCUACUUCCGGCUGUUGGACCGCAUGCUUGCCCGGAAGCCUCGCACUUCAGGCCCUGACCUAGAAACAGGCUCAACAGAGGGGCACACUGGGGUGGAGAGGACCCCCUCAGACCUGGAGGACCCUACUGAUGAUGGAACAGGUGACUACAUGCCUUCCUGGCAGAGCUCCAUGGCUCCUCCACUAGAGGGCGACAGCGACAACCCCAGGGCCAGUCCUGAUGAGCACCAGGCCAGCCCCGGGGCACCAGCCUGGGGGCUACACCCUCCAGAAGAGGCCUGGGGGGGCCCUGGCCAGCAGAGCCCCAGCCUCGGAAUCCCUCGCUGGGCAGAGCAUGGCUCUGACGAGGUGAUGACCCUUGGGGAGUCCGGGGAGUAUCUGUAUCCAGUGAAGACAGAGCCACAGACUCCCCCCUGCUUGGAUGGAGGGGAGCUGGGCAGUGAGCAUGCUAGCUUCAGCCCAGGCAUGCCUGCUGGCACUUGUGAGGACAGCCCAAGCCUGGUGCUGCAGCAGCUGAGCAUGUUGAACCAGCAGGUGGCGCUACAGCGAGCAGAGCAGCGGGCCUUCCACUGCAGCCUGCUGGGUCUACUGGACCGCCAGACACACCUUCUGGAGCAGCUGUCUAACAACACGACACGGGCCUCCAAACGCUACCCUGACAGCUACACCCACCAGUCACCCAGCCACCCCACCCACCAGUCACCCAGCAGCCCUAUCAAACCAGACCCUGACAGGAAUGACUCCUCCAGCAAACAGGCCUUUCCAUCCCGGCAGGCCAUAACCACCUCGUUCCUGCAGAAUGACCCCCCAAAUAGACAGACGGACCUUUUGGGGCAGGCUGAGCCCGUGUUACAGACAGACCCAUCCACCAUGGUGCUGCAGGUCCACAGCGCCUUGGUCCAGAUCCUGAGAGGGGUGGAGCAGGUCCAGACCCAGAGACAGCAGCCUUGCUCAUGCAAGACCUCUCCGUCACAGCCCCCCUCCCUGGUUCCUUCCCCCUCCCAGCCUUCUUCACCACCCACAUCCCCUUCCAAGCCUCCCUCAGAAACCCCUGCCCCACCUCCCCCCUGCAAGACCUCACCCUCCCAGCCUCCCUCCUGACAGACUUCGCCUUCCCAGAGCCUCGAUAGACCAGCUGUCUGUCUGGUGUUUAAGGAACCGGUUACAGAUACAACAGAGCCCUCCUGCCCUCUGGUGGUGGGAGGACUGAACUGACACUAGAGACCCAUCCCAGGACUGUGUAGGAGCUGGGGAGACCUCAACACCCCUUCCAGCUGUUGUAAUAUUGUCAUUAGUCAAUAGACCUUUGUUUUGUUGGCUAUUUGCUGGUUUGCUGAUGGACAGGUUGUGUGGCGCUGGUCAGUGAGUGUAACGCUGUUAUGUCAUGGACUAAUAAAGCACUUGAAAUAUGUAGGCUUUAGAAUGAGCCACUGGCUUGAUUGUGAUUGUACUACAGAAUAACCUUAUAUAUGGUCUGACGUGAAAAUAUUUAUUUGCAUUUUGGAAUUAAAAAUGAUGAAAACGUG